GUCACCGGGAGACAGUCCACUUAAAUGCAGCUCCAGGGUGGCGGGACACCCACCAGCAUCACUCCCCGUGUGAGGUGGCAAAUGCAACAUGCUGUCCAGCUUGGGGUGUCUCCUUCUCUGUGGAAGUUUUGCACUAGCCCUGGGAAAUGCACAGAAAUUGCCAAAAGGUAAAAGGCCGAGCCUGAAAGUCCACAUCAACACCACAAGUGACUCUAUCUUCUUGAAGUUCCUGCGUCCAAACCCUAAUGUAAAACUGGAAGGUUUUCUUCUGGGAUAUGGCAGCAAUUUAUCACCAAAUCAGUACUUCCCUCUUCCGGCGGAAGGGAAAUACACCGAGGCGGUAGUCGAUGCAGAGCCUAAAUAUCUGAUUGUCGUGCGACCUGCUCCUCCACCAAGUCAAAAGAAGUCAUGCUCAGGCAAAACACGCUCUCGCAAGCCUCUCCAGCUGGUGGUUGGCACUCUGACACCAAGCUCCGUCUUCCUGUCCUGGGGUUUCCUCAUUAAUCCACACCAUGACUGGACCUUGCCGAGUCACUGUCCCAAUGACAGAUUUUAUACAAUUCGCUAUAGAGAAAAGGAUAAGGAAAAGAAAUGGAUUUUUCAACUCUGUCCAGCCACUGAAACAAUUGUAGAAAAUCUAAAGCCCAACACAGUUUAUGAAUUCGGAGUGAAAGACAAUGUAGAAGGUGGAAUAUGGAGUAAGAUUUUCAAUCACAAGACUAUUAUUGGAAGUAUAAACAAAGUAAACGGGAAAAUUCAAAGUACCUAUGACCAAGCAAACACAGUGCCAGCAUAUGUCCCAAGGAAGCUGAUCCCAAUAACAAUCAUCAAGCAAGUGAUUCAGAAUGUUACUCACAGAGCUUCAACUAAAUCCCCAGAUAGGACUCCCAUUGGAGGAACAAUACUGGUCCACCUUGUUAUUCCUGGUCUUAAUGAAACCACCGUAAAACUUCCUACAUCCAUAAUGUUUGAGAUUUCAGAUGCAAUCAAGACACAAUUAGCUAAGAAUGAAACCUUGGCAUUACCAGCUGAAUCUAAAACACCAAAGGUAGAAAAAAUCCCAGCACAGCCCAUAACAGUGACUCCUGACUCAGUUCCAGGAACCACUAAAUCCACUGUAUCUAGUGCAUUAGAUAUUUCAGAAACAACUCUGGUUCUCAGCGAAAAGACCCCGGAAAGAUCGCAAACUAUUCUAAUACCUAGGUUUGAGUUACCACUGAGCACUCUAGCUCCGAAAAGACUUCCAGAAUUUCCUCAGGCAAAAACACCCUUCCCUUUUGAGCAACCUGGGGGCGCCUUGGCUUCGAGUGAAAAGCCAUGGAUUGCACCUGUAACUAAAACACCUGAAGAUUCCAAAGUUUUACCACCUCAAACUGCAGCUUAUGACGUUUUCUCAAGCCCUACAACGUCAGAUGAGCCUGAAAUAUCAGAGCCCCACACAGCAACAACGGAUCCAUUUCUGGAUUCUGUCCCACCUAAAACUUCUAGAACUUUUGAACAGCCAAGGGCAACACUGGCUCCAAGUGAAACGCCAUUUAUUCCUCAAAAACUGGAAAUCAUUACCAGUCCUGAAAUGCAGCCUACAACACCUGCUCCCCUGCAAACUACACCUAAACGACGCCUCAGGCCCAAACCACCAAGAACCAAGCCUGAAAGAACCAAAAGUCCUGGAACAACUACUUCUAAACUUUCUAUGAGCCCUGAACCUACAUGGACCACACUGGCUCCCAGUAAAACACAAUUUAUUUCUUUGAAACCUAAAAUCCCUCUGAGCCCAGAAGUGACACACGUCAAACCUGCCCCAGAACCUCUGACUCCAACACCAUCACAGUCAACAAUAGCCUUAGAACCUGGAACACUGGAAACCAAACCUUCAACAACAACAUUAGCUCCACCAAAGACCAAACGACCAGGUCGUCGCCCCCGCCCUAAAACCACACGUAGUCCAGAUGUGCCCAAGUCCAAACCUGCUCUGCAACCUGCAACGGUACAACCGGAGCUCUGGGUGCCCACAGUCGAUUCAAAACCACCAAAGCAAUUACUUCCUAAACCCCAAACCACAGCAAAACCAGAUAUGCCAUCAACUAAAUCCGGCUUUGAGCCUGUUACAUUGGAGGCUGGAGCUCCUUCCAUAACCAUAGUUCCUGCCACAGACAUUGAACCUGAAAGUCUGAGAACUGAGGCUCCCUGGACAACAUUAGCUCCAAAAACAUCAAAACGACCAAGAACACGUCCUCCACGUCCCAAACCUUCAAAACGUCCCAAACCUUCAAAACCUCCCAAACAUCCCAAACAUGAAACCACGCCGAGCCCAGAGGCACCUGCGUCCGCACUAGACAUUGAACCUGUCACUCCUGGGACACCUUUAGCUCCAACGACAACAAAGAGACCCCGUCGUCCACGUCCCAAACCUAAAAAAACCACACCCCAGCCAGAAGUACCUCAGAUUCCACUGGUUCCUGCCACAAUCUUUGAACCAGUUGUUCCUAGAACCGAAGCUCCUGGAAUAACACUAGCUCCCAAAGUGCCUGAACAAACUCACCAUCCACGCCCCAAACCUAAAACCACACCAAGUCCUGAAGCUCCUCAGACCGAACUAGACAUUGAACCUGUCACUCCUGGGACACCUUUAGCUCCAACGACAACAAAGAGACCCCGUCGUCCACGUCCCAAACCUAAAAAAACCACACCCCAGCCAGAAGUACCUCAGAUUCCACUGGUUCCUGCCACAAUCUUUGAACCAGUUGUUCCUAGAACCGAAGCUCCUGGAAUAACACUAGCUCCCAAAGUGCCUGAACAAACUCACCAUCCACGCCCCAAACCUAAAACCACACCAAGUCCUGAAGCUCCUCAGACCGAACUAGUUCCUAUUACAGACCUCGGACCCGUUACUUUUACAACUGAGACCUCUGGGACAACAUUAGCUACCAAAGCAUCAAAAAGACCCCAUCGUCCACAUCUCAGACCUAAAACUACACUGAGCCCUCAAGUACCUCAGACCAAACCUGUUCCUGCUACAGUCCUGAAACCUGUCACUUUUAGACCAGAGGCCACAGGAACAACAUUUGUUUCCAAACCACCACAGAGGAAGGGUCGUCCAUGUCCCAGACCAAAAACCACACCAGGUCCUGAAACACCUGAGUCCAAACCAGUUUCUACUGCAGACUUUGAACCAGUAACGCUCAGCACUGAGGCUUGGGUGACAACACAAGCUCCUAAGCCAUCAAAACGGACCCGCCGUCCACGUCCUAAACCUAAAACCACACCAACUACUGAGGCACCUCAAACCAAAUUGGUUCCUAUUACAGAUCUUGAGCCUGGUACUCCUAGAACUGAAGCUCCAGAAAUCGUAGCUCCUACUGAUCUUCAAACUCUAAUUUUGAGACCAGUGACAUCACGAAGCCUAGAAAUGACACAAAGUCAACCUGUUUCUGAAGGCCUGGAAUAUGUUACAUUUAGCACUGAGUCAUCAGAGGGAGCUAGAGCAUCAGCCGAGACAGAUUAUGUAGAUUCCACUUCCAAAGCACCACUCAGGCCAGAGGAGCCAAAGACUGAAGUUGUGGAAUCUAUUACAAAUGUGUCUGAACCACCCGAGACCGCGUUAGCUCCCAAGCAGACAGCGCGCACUCCUCCCAAAACAAAAACAUCUCCACGUCCAAGAGUCCCUCAGACACAGCCAGCUCCUAAGGUGUUCCAGCGUGUUACUUCAAAACCAAAAAUGUCACCAAGGCCAGAAGUGUCACAUACUCCACCUGUUCCAGGAGAUGUGCUCCGUCCCCAGAAACCAGACCACGAAGUCUCUCAGAGAGAACCUGUUCUGCAGCCCGUUACCUUUAGAAUUGAUCCGCCAGAGACAACAAUAGCUCCUUUAGAGACCCGAAGCAGCCCUUUCAUCCCUAUGAUUUCACCAAGUUCUAGUCAAGAGGAUCUACAAACCACUCUGGCAGAAACAGACCAGUCCACCCAGGAGCUCUUCACAACUAAGAUCCCACGAACCACUGAAUCGGCAAAGACAACUCGGGCACCACAUAGAUUGUACACUACUCCUGGGAGGCCCAAAAUACCAGAAAAACCACCCCUCAGACCUGUUCUGAAUAAGACAACUACAAGACCUACUAGACCCAAACCCAAUGGGAUGCCCAAAGGAAAUGAGAUGGGAACAGGGGUCAAGCAACCACCAAAGCCAUCGAGUGCUGGUAGAAAUGCAUCCAUGGACUCUACCCACUUCACAAAAAAACCAGCCAUAAUUCCAGGCACUCGCCGCCCACCCUUGCCACCUAGACCUACGCCCCCUCGAAGAAAACCAUUGCCACCAAAUAAUGUCACUGGAAAGCCAGGAAGUGCAGGGAUCAUUUCAUCAGGCCUAGGAACUUCCCCCCCACCAAGGGCAACACUCAGGCCUACUGGACCCACCUCAGAGAGAACAGAGAGAGACAAAAAGGAACCAACAGCUCCCGCCUCAGGAGAAGAUCUUGGUGAUAUAACUGACUUUAGCUCAAGUCCAACAAGAGAAACUGAUCCUCUUGGGAAGCCCAGAUUCAAAGGGCCUCAUGUGCGAUAUAUUCAGAAGCCUGACAACAGGCCCUGCUCCAUCACCGACUCCAUCAAACGGUUUCCCAAAGAGGAGCCCCCAGAGGGGAACGCCACCAGCCCGCCGCAGAACCCACCCUCCAACCUCACUGUGGUCACCGUGGAAGGAUGCCCCUCAUUUGUCAUCUUGGACUGGGAAAAGCCACCCAAUGACACUGUCACUGAAUAUGAAGUUAUAUCCAGAGAAAAUGGGUCAUUCAGUGGGAAGAACAAGUCCAUUCAAAUUACAAAUCAAACCUUCUCCACCGUAGAAAAUCUAAAGCCAAACACAAGCUAUGAGUUCCAGGUGAAACCAAAAAACCCACUCGGAGAAGGCCCGCCCAGCACCACAGUGGCUUUCAGCACUGAAUCAGCGGAUCCGAGAGUGAGCGAGCCAGUUUCUGGAGGAAGAGAUGCCAUCUGGACAGAAAGACCCUUUGAUUCAGACUCUUACUCAGAAUGUAAAGGCAAACAGUAUGUCAAAAGGACUUGGUAUAAAAAGUUUGUAGGGGUGCAGCUAUGCAACUCCCUUAGAUACAAGAUUUAUCUGAGCGACUCCCUCACAGGAAAAUUUUAUAACAUAGGCGAUCAGAGAGGCCAUGGAGAAGAUCACUGCCAAUUUGUGGACUCGUUUUUAGAUGGACGCACAGGACAGCAACUGACUUCUGAGCAGUUACCCACAAAAGAAGGCUAUUUCAGAGCAGUUCGCCAGGAACCUGUCCAAUUUGGAGAAAUCGGUGGUCACACCCAAAUCAACUACGUUCAGUGGUAUGAAUGUGGGACCACAAUUCCUGGAAAAUGGUAGACGCUGCAAUCGUGUUCACAAGUGCCUUGUUUCAUCGUGGCAAAAAAUAAUUGCAAACACUAUGGUAUUUGUCACAUUCAUUUAAAGCUGUUCUGUUUACUAUGUAUAAAAGUUUAAAAUCUAAUUGAUAGCAGUAUUAGAUGUUUUUAUUAGAAAAAUUGCUGAGAAUAUUUAUCAGGUUUUAAAAAGUCAUUUUAAUAAAGCAAGAUAUUAACAGAGUAACAUUUUCUGGGGAAGCUGGCUCCCUAUUCAUGGUAUUUUAAGAGAUUUUUUGUAUAUUAUUUAUCACAAUGUUGUAAUGUUUUGAGAUACUUUUAUAACAAAAUUAACAUCAAAAACUAAUAUACUUUUUAAAAAAUGUUUACUUUUAUUAAUGUGUAUCCUUCCUACUGGUGAGUUAAUUCCAUAAAUCUCUCUUUGGUUUAACUUAUUAGAUCAGAUUAACUUCAGCAUAUAUAUCUGGGGGUAAAAUUCACAUGUUUAUUUAAACUUCAGUUUUUUAGCAAUAGUUGAAUAUCUUUUCUGAAUGUUUAAAUAAACAUUCAUGUGAAUAUACAUUGCCUCAAAUAUUUUUAAAUUAUUAAAAAGGUUUAGUUUCAAUAAGUAAAUUUCAUUUCAGCUAAAAAUAGAAUUGAGAAUGACAUAUUGUUUCAAAAAUACACAUUUUUUCUUACUAUACUCAAUUAUAUAUUACAAUAUCUGAAUAUACUUUGUCAAACUAUUCCUUCAAGCAACUGUCUUUGUACUGUUUUUAAUAUAAUUCUAAACAAGUUGUAUGAAGAAACUGAAUGUGAAGUCUGAGCUCAAAAAGAUAACAUAUGAUGAGAUCGCUACCAUUUUACAGGAUAUUUACUAUAUUUUUACACAUAAGACUUCUAGGAAUGAAUGUAUCAAAAGAUGUUUUCAGUCUAACUUAACCUGUACUGACUCAGACUCAUUUUUAUUUAAAAAGGUAUUUUCCUCAUUUGGAGAGGGAGGUGGGAAUGCUGCAUUGUUUCUCUCAUUCUGAGAGGAUCCUUUCAACAUGCUUCAAUUUUAUCAAUGCUACAUUCUGUACUUUUCAAACAAGUAGAAACUGCAAUAAAGAAAUAUAGUGUUUUUUUAA